AUGCGAUACAAAACAAAUAGCGAUUGCAACAAUUACCAAAUGGCCAGUUCCGCAGAAAAGAUACGAUACGAGAGACUCAAGCUCGUCAGUCAAAAGGCGCUAGACCAGUCAAUCAAAAAAGGAUUAUCUAUAGACCAGAUCAAGAAAUGUUACCCCAUAAUAUCUUCAUCGAGCGACGGUGUACGUCUACUAGAAAUGGCCCGGAGCCAAAUUAUCGAUUUCUGGCAGAGCAAAUCACUCGAGGAGUUUGCCUUAAUAUUCAAGGAACGAAAUUUGGCUUCAAAAUUGGACGAAUUGGACGAAAUAGUCGAAGCUGCCCACAGACGACAGUACGAUGGAGACACUCGUAUUCCCAUAGAUAUGCUCACACCGGACGAAUUGAUCGAUGCCAGCUUGGUGAGUACUCGAAAGCAAUCGGCAGACACGUUGAGCAUAAUAUACAAUCAGUUGUGUGCUGAUAACCAGGAACUUCACGAUGAAUUAAUGAGCCUCGCGAAAGAGGGAAACGACAUAAAAAACGAUAUAAAUGCCCUGAUUGCAAGCUUGGGCCGCGACAUCGAAGCGAUGAAGGAAGAUGCAAAAGUUGACGAUUUGGCGAACGCAUUAACCAACGAAUACUAG